AUGGCGCCACGACCCAUUACCAAGCCCAGAUGUCACAACUGCCGUCGCAAGAAGAUAAAGUGCGACUACGGCCGUCCCGAGUGCAGCCAAUGCAAGCGUUCCAACCUGCCAUGCAGUGGUUACGAGCGCGACCUGAUCUUUGUUUCACAUAACGAAGCGAACAGCCCUCCUCCGGCUACGACCAAGAGCCGCACCACCAGCCCCUCUGGCAUCAAGAAGCCGGCCGCAUCAUCGAGCCCCAGCUCAACAAGCAACAGCAGCUCCAGAAAUAGCUCCUCGCCAGAUCCGCCCGCUUUCACCACCAUCGAGUUCUACCACACUGCACCGCCAGUUCGCUCACCACCACCACCACCACCAGCAUCGCCAUGCAAGCUCCUGUCUGACCUGAACCUUUUCGACCUCCCUCAAAUACGCACGCAGUUUAUGCCACUCGACACUGCCAUCAACGCCGUUGUUGCGGCUACUUCCUCAUAUACACAGCUGAAUGCGUGCUAUCCCACGCAAUCACAGACACUAUACAGCCAAGCAUUAUUUGAACUCCGCCAGUCCAACGAACGCGGUACUCAGCGUCAUGACAGCUGGCACAACACCGCUUUUACUUCGCUGAUGCUUCAGCUCGUCGAGGUCGUCGAUGGUGCCAAUGUUCCUAUUGCGGACUGGUUCAGUCAUUCGGCCGAGAUCGCAAACAUGCCCCCAAUGAACAGUAUCCAGCAGUUCGGCGCGUCGGACAUCUUGACGCUUACCUUUUGCCGCACAGCGAUGCUGGCCCGAGAUCUAUUCGGCGGAUACGAGCUCUCCGACCCCAACGCCUGGUAUCUGCAAUCUUGGGGCGAACCCGUCAACGAUGAUCUGCACCGCGUCCUGGACGUGCUCGCUCUUCUGCCUUCCCACAUUCAGCAGUCGGACCGCAUAGCUUUGAACCCCUACGAAGACGCCAUUAAGCUAGACUUUGAGCAGCAACACAAGCGCCUGUCUGCACUUGUACAAGGCCUCUACACCAGUCAGCUCGCCUGUGGUGACUUUGCUCCUUGGGUGAUGCAUCCUUACGAGAGUUUCAACGCCUGCACCAGCAGCGACGACACCCCCUGUAUGAGCGUCGCUGCCUGCCAGAAGCUUGCCUUCAUUUUCCUUGCGCAGCUGAUGCUGUUCAGCACCAACGAGAAGGUACGCUGCUCGAUGCCGCUCACGCCAGAAAGCAUGAACCAAAGCAUCGAGGGCGACAUUGAGUGGCUCGUGAUGCUCGAGACGAUGAACAGCAUGCAGCAUGUCAUUGCGCAUUGCAUCGCGGUUGACAACAGCCUCGUGGGCAUGCAGACAAUCAUCAUGCCUCUGCGCAUGCUCAACCAGUUCGCAGCCUCGUACAGCCUUGCCGAGACGCAGGACUGGUGUCGUCAUACGAUUCAGGGUCUGGUAGACCGAAACUGUCAGGUCGCGCCAUGGUCGAUACUGACGGCGCAAUCUAUGUCGAUUUUAUAG